GGGCCCGGCUCGUCUGCUCGCUCCCUCCCUCACUUCCUGUUCGGCACUUCCGGCUUGGGGCGAGCGAGCGACCAGCAUCUGAAGGCGGCCGGCGGUCUUGUCGAGGGGCUCGUCGUUCUCCUCAGGUUCUGCGGUUAAAAAAAGAAAGAAAAAGAAUGUCAUCUGACUCAAGCAAGAAACGGAAGCCCAAGGUUAUCCGCACGGAUGGAGGCCCGCAGGAGAGCAAGAGAGGCAGGCCAGAUGCUGACCAGGACGCCAGAUACUACAGCGAGGAGGCAGAGAUGGACCAGCGAGACCCCAGCAAAGAUUAUGAGCUUUACAAGCAGACCUGCCAGGAUCUCCAGACACUUAUGGCAGAGAUCCAGGAGCUGAAGAGCAAAGGCAGCAAGGACGGCGCUGCCGAGAUAGAAGAGCGCCGGAUCCAGAGCUGUAUGCACUUCAUGACCCUGAAGAAACUCAACCGCUUGGCUCACAUUCGGCUGAAGAAGGGGAGGGACCAGACCCAUGAGGCCAAGCAGAAGGUGGACGCUUAUCACUUGCAGCUCCAGAAUCUGCUCUAUGAAGUCAUGCAUCUGCAGAAGGAGAUCACGAAAUGCCUGGAGUUCAAAUCCAAGCACGAGGAAGUGGAGCUGGUGAGCAUCGAGGAGUUCUACAAUGAGGCCCCUCCAGAAAUCAGCAAGCCGGAGAUGACGCUUGGCGACCCUCACCAGCAGACGCUCUCCCGUCUCGACUGGGAGCUGGAGCAGCGCAAACGGCUGGCGGAAAAGUACAAAGAGAGCCUGGCCAGCAAAGAGAAAAUCCUGAAAGAGAUAGAAGUGAAGAAGGAAUAUCUGAGCAACCUCCAGCCCCGACUCAACAGCAUCAUGCAGGCUUCCCUCCCAGUCCAGGAGUACCUCUCGAUGCCUUUCGACCAGGUUCACAAGCAGUACGAGACAGCGAGGCACCUGCCACCCCCUCUCUACGUCCUCUUCGUCCAAGCGAGCGCCUACGGCCAGGCCUGCGAUAAGAAGCUGGUCGUGGCCAUAGAAGGGAACGUGGAGGAAGCCAAAGCGCUCUGCAAACCUCCGGAGGACUCUCAAGAUGAUGAGAGUGAUUCGGACGCCGAGGAGGAGCAGACCACGAAACGCCGGCGCCCAACACUGGGGGUGCAGCUGGACGACAAGCGCAAGGAGAUGCUGAAGAGGCACCCGCUGUCGGUCACCGUGGACUUGAAAUGCAAAGAUAGCAGCAUGCUCCUGACCUUCUACUACUUGAUGAACCUCAACGUCAUGACUGUGAAAGUGAAGGUGACGGCGCCUGCGGAGAUGACCACGUCGAUCAGUGCCGGAGACCUGCUGUCCCCCGAGUCCCUCCUCAGCUGCUUGUAUCCUGGCGACCAUGGGAAGAGGACUCCAAACCCCGCCAACCAGUUCCAGUUCGACAAAGUUGGCAUCCUGACCCUGAGCGACUAUGUGACGGAGCUUGGCCACCCUUAUGUGUGGGUGCAGAAGUGGGGCGGGCUGCACUUCCCCAAGGAUCAGCCACAGCAUCCCGUGGUGGCUGACAGCUCCCUCAGCGCCGGCCACAUGGAGAAGACGAUGAAAUGGCUCCGCUUGCGCUUGGAAUCCCGUCUGGCUCUGCACAAGCAGUUUGCCUCCCUCGAGCAUGGGAUUCUCCCAGUCACCAGCGAGUGCCAGCACCUCUUUCCGGCAAAGAUCGUGUCCCGUUUGGUGAAGUGGGUGGCCCUCACCUACGAGGACUACCUGGAGCUGUCCUACACGAAAGACGUCGUGGAAGCCGGCCUGGCUGAGGACACGCACCUGUAUUACAUGGCCCUGAUUGAAAGAGGGACAGCCAAGCUGCAGGCCGCGGUGGUGCUGAACCCGGGCUAUCCCACCAUGCCCCCCACCUUCAGCCUGUGCCUGAACUGGAAAGGGGAGAAGACCAGCAGCACCGACGACAACAUCUGGGCCAUGGAGAGCGAGGUCAACGUCUACUACAAGGAGCUCUUCGGGCCGAAGCCCGGCCACCAGCUCCUGACCAACCAGCUGCAGCGCCUGUGCGUCGUCCUGGACGUCUACCUGGAGACAGAGACCCACGACAACAGCGUGGAAGGCCCCAAGGAGUUCCCCCAGGAGAAGAUGUGUCUGCGCCUGGUCAGAGGGCCUAGUCGGAUGAAGCCGUUCAAAUUCAACUAUCCUCAGGGCUUCUUCAGCCACCGUUGACCCUGCGGCUGGGAUCGUCGUCCUGUGCCCAAAGGAAGAGUCUGCAUCCGGAGUUCAUCUCGCCCGAGUUCCAGCCCGCCAGCCCCCGUGGCUUAUCCAUUCCACUGUCUGUGCAGUAGAGGUAGUUUGGGAAGAAUUAAAAUCUGGACGGGGGAAGAAACCUUUCUAAACGCCAA